AAUCAUGGUUUAUCAAAUACAGUGAUUUUAAAUCGUUGGCGAUUAAAUCACUCCAUGAUAAUCUUGGAUCACCGCGGUGAUCCAUCGGGACACCAAACGUCACCUAUGGGCUUAAAUUUGUGCAAAAGAGAUCGUGGGUAAGUUCCCAUUCGCCGUAAAUACCUCUAUCUUUGGUUUAGAUCUCAUUCCGGGAAUCGGAGAUGGGGAACGCCGCCGGGAAGGAGGAUCUGGAGAACGGUGAUGAUGACCCCUCCGUGAGAUCGGACGGCGUUGAUGGCUUCCCGUCCUAUUCGAACCACGUCCGGCGCGCCAACUCGGUGGAAUCCAUGGGGAGCACGACGCCGGAGGGCCCGGGGCGGUCCCGAUCCCCUCUUAUGUUCGCUCCUCAGAUUCCUGUGCCUCCCUUGCUAAGAGCUACUGAUUCCCCUCCACUUUUUAAUCAACUUUGGAUGAAUGAAGUGCAUGAACCUUUGGAUGGUCCACUUGAAAAGGGAAUCCCAACAUUGAUAUCAUGGAACCUGGGAGGAAAUGAUGCCUUAGUAGAAGGAUCAUGGGACAAUUGGAACACAAGGAAGGCUCUGCAGAGGUCAGGAAAGGUCCAUUCCAUUUUGUUGGUCCUCCCAUCUGGAGUCUACCAGUACAAAUUCAUUAUAGAUGGAGAAAUCAGAUACAUUCCUGAUCUUCCUUGCAUAACUGAUGAAAUGGGCCAGAUCACCAAUCUCCUUGAUGUCCAUGACUAUGUUCCAGAAAAUCCAGAAAAUGUUGCUGAAUUUGAGUCACCACCAUCACCAGACUCUAGCUACAGUUGGUCGUUACCUUCAGAUGAGGACUUCGCAAAGGAGCCACCAGCUGUUCCACCUCAGUUGCAUCUUACUGUUCUUGGGAUGCAACAAUCUGAGGAAGCUUCUCUGAAACCCCAACAUGUAGUUCUCAACCACCUUUUUAUAGAAAAAGAAUGGGCUUCUGAGGCAUUGAUCACCCUUGGUUUCACUCACAGAUUUCAGUCCAAGUAUGUGACCGUUGUCCUAUACAAGCCUGCGAGAAGCUGACAAAAGCUCCUUUUGCAACUCCAUUUAUAUGCUCUAUUAACACUUUUGAUGUUGCUUGUUCUUUGGUUUUGGUCAUGUUUUUUUUUGCAUUUGUCGCAUGGCAUCACCAAGCAAAUGAUUCAAAUUUUGACCAGGAUGAAAUUACUUCAGAAUCACUGUAUGCAUCCCGUAACAUGAUGUAAUGUGGCAGCUAUUCCCUUUUGUACCUACAAGCAGCUGUGCCUAAAUCUAAGCCUUAGUUAAUACAUCAUCUUUGCUUUUGAUGUAAUUUAAAGUUUCAAAUGGCAGAGUCGCAGAUGAUUCUUAAGUCUCUCAAAUGAGAGAAGUUGACGCUGAAGACAGUUGUGUUCUCAAUCAUAAAUGGCUGGUCACUAUUCUUUUA